AUGAAGCCGAUCGUGUCGGCGUUGAACGCCUGGUCCUGUGUUGUCAUCUCUCUCUUCGCCAUUGUCAUCCUCUCCGUCCUCGGCUCACUAUACAACGUACGUCUGCCCGCCCGGCCCCCAUUUGCACCCGCUCUUACGCAGCGCCUUGCAAUCCCACCCCCGAACAUCUCUAGCCAGUUGGCUAACCCAAGGUCCAUCCUGUGUGAACAGAGCAAUAACCACGCCUACACCGGCGCAGAAGGCGAGCCCGAAGACGGUACCGCCGUUGCGGCAUCUAUCUAUACCGCUGUCUUUGUAUACUGUGGCUUCUUCGUCUUCUGCGCUUUCCAAGCUUACCUUCACGUGCGAGAGAGCAGGGGAGGCGCCAUAUCGCUCCAUUAG